AUGGCUUCUGACUUGGCUCGGAUUGUGGUUUUGAAAGCAUCAAAUUCUUCAGCUGAAGCUGAAGCUCUGUUCUUGACAGUUGAAGAAGCUAAAUCUGAAGCUACUGAAGCUGUGGCUAAUGCAUCUGAACUAGUAUCUUUAUCAAGAUUCCGGUUGAAAUCGCUAGGCUUCAAGGGAAUAUGUUACGACAAUGGGUAUUAUGCGAAAGUGGGAGGAGGGAGCACAGCAGAGAUGAACAAUAUGGAGAUGAAGUUUUUGUUUGAUAUACACUUCAGAUUACAUGUUCCAUCUGGCCUUUACAAUAUCUCCACCAUCAUUGCGUUGUCAGUAAGUAUUAACCAACUUGAAGGAAAUAUUCCUCCUGAUAUAGGCUCCACCCUUCCUAACCUCAAGUUUCAUUAUCUUUUCGGCAAUUUGUUUACUGGAACACUUCCUACUUCACUGUCAAAUGCUUCUGAGCUUGAAUUAGUAGAAUUCUCUCAGAACGAUUUCAGCGGGACAAUGCCAAGGGAUCUUGGAAAACUUCUUGGUCUUAGAUAUAUAUAUAUAUAUAUUUUUUAUCAAAAUCGGUUGCGGGAUGACUUCACUUUUAUUUCGUCUCUAACAAAUUAUACCAGUUUACAAUCCAUUGAUGCGGGUAACAAUCUUCUCAGAGGUUCAUUGCCUGACUCCGUAGCUAAUCUCUCCACAUAUCUUAGCUAUUUUAAUUUGGAGAUUAAUCAAAUACAUGGAAACAUUCUUUUAGGCAUUGGGAACCUCCUCAACCUCACUCUCGUAUCUAUGGCAGCAAAUAAUCUUGCUGGCCCUAUUCCUUCCUCCAUUGGCAGACUUCAUAAGCUGCAAGAACUGCUGUUAGGCAGGAACAAAUUUACAGAACUUUCAUCUUCGCUUGGUAAUUUGACUUCCUUGAUUAUUCUUGACUUGUCAGAAAACAACAUUCAUGGAAGCAUAACUCCGAGUUUGGGCAAUUGUCAUAGCUUGUUGGAAUUAGCCCUUUCUCAAAAAAAUCUCAAUGGUUCAAUACCCCCUGAAAUUAUGAGCCUCUCCUCCAUUUCAACAUUCCUCUUGUUAAAUCACAAUGCACUAACUGGUUCUCUUCCAUCAGAAGUCGGGUCUUUGACAAAUCUUGGACACGUGGAUGUGUCCUAUAAUAGAUUAUCAGGACCAAUACCAAACACUCUAAGAAAUUGUUUGAGCUUGGAAUGGCUUCAGUUGGAGGCCAAUUCAUUUGAAGGAGAGAUACCUCAAAGUUUGAGAAUGUUGAGGGGCUUAAGACUGUUGGAUCUUUCGCACAACAAGUUGUCAGUGAAGAUGCCAAGUUAUCUAGGUGAGCUUCAACUAGAUGUGUUGAAUUUAUCUUUUAAUAGGUUACAUGGAGAAGUUCCAAUACAAGGAGUGUUUCAAAAUGGGAGUGCAAUUUCAAUUGUUGGAAAUAAUGAGCUAUGUGGAGAGCUUCUCAAAGCCACCAAUGGAUUCUCAGAGGCUAAUCUAAUUGGUGUUGGUAGCUAUGCUUCAGUUUACAAAGGGAUUCUUGAUCACGUUCACAUGGUUGUUGCAAUGAAAGUGCUCAAUCUUCAGACCAGAAGAGCUUCUAAGAGUUUCAUGUCAGAAUGCAAAGCACUAAGAGCCAUAAGGCACCGAAAUCUUUUGAAAAUUUUGGGCGUUUGUUCCAGUGUGGAUUUCCAUGCUGAAGCUGAAGCUCUGUUCUUGACAAUUGAAGAAGCUAAAUCUGAAGCUACUGAAGCUGUGGCUAAUGCAUCUGAACUAGUAUCUUUAUCAAGAUUCCGGUUGAAAUCGCUAGGCUUCAAGGGAAUAUGUUACAACAAUGGGUAUUAUGCGAAAGUGGGAGGAGGGAGCACAGCAGAGAUGAACAAUAUGGAGAUGAAGUUUUUUGGUGGUGAUAGCGGUAGUGUUGAUGGUGGCAGUAAGGGUAUUAAAAUGAUGGCGGUGUUUAUGACAAUAAUGAUAAUGGUGAUGAAGGUGAUGAUAGUAGUAGUGGCAGCUGCGACGGUGGCAACGACAUGA